UGUUUCUAUCAUCCACCAAAUCCUAAACUAUCUCACCACACAAUUUUAUAUUAAAAUCCCUUCACUAACUCACCACCAUUCAAUUCUCCUUUAUUAUUUCUCCUCAUUUUCUUCACUUUAACCCUCAUAUUUUUCGGAUCACCACAUUUACCCCCAAUACUUUCUCCAUAUUUUUCUCUCUCACACAUUCUUUCACCUUUUUGUUUUUUCCCUUCUUGUCUUUUUCUUGUUUCUCCAUUAUCUUUUUUGGGUAUUUGUUUUCUUGAAUUUUUUUUCUCUUCAUUUUCCACUCAUCCUAAAAACCAUUUUGGUUAUUUUUCUAUGACCCCAUUUUCUUGUUUUUCAAUAAAAAGAGAUUCUUGUUUGAGUCUCUUGAUUUUUUGUUGUUUUUUUCUUUUCAAGAAUUGACCUUUUUUUGGAAUUUUUGGCUGGUGGGGUUUUCUUGAAAUUCCAAAAAAAAAAAAAAAUUCUUUUUUUUGGUUGAUAGCAGCUAUGGAUUCUGAGGAGGGUAAAAAGGGAAUUGCAACACCAGUUGUUGAAUCUGAUUCAGAGGUUGAACAUGAGCAUUAUGAGAAAAAUGUUAGUAGGCAAAUGAGUGAGAGUUCCCUUUAUACUACUGAGGAUGAGGAAGAAGAUGAAACUAAUAAUACGAUUGAGUUGGGUCCACAAUUCACUCUCAAAGAAACAUUUGAGAAAGAUAAGGAUGAUGAGAGUUUGAGAAGGUGGAAGGAGCAGCUUCUUGGAAGUGUGGAUAUCAAUUCUGUUGGAGAAUCCCUGGAUCCAGACGUGAAGAUCUUGAGCCUUGAAAUCAAGUCCCCUGGUAGACCUGCUAUUGUUCUCCCGAUCCCUGAGGACGGGAAACCCGAGAGCCCAUGGUUUACACUAAAAGAAGGAAGCAAAUACAGCUUAAAAUUCUCAUUUGAAGUCCUCAACAAUAUAGUGACGGGGCUCAAAUACACGAACACAGUAUGGAAAACUGGUAUCAAAGUGGACAGCUCGAAACAAAUGAUUGGGGCCUUCAGUCCUCAAUCGGAGCCUUAUACACAUGAAAUGCCGGAGGAUACUACCCCUUCUGGCAUGUUUGCAAGAGGAUCUUACUCGGCAAGGACAAAGUUCCUUGACGACGAUAACAAGUGCUAUUUGGAGAUCAACUACACAUUCGAUAUCAAGAAAGAGUGGCUGGCGACAUAAAACAAAGACGUUGCUUCAACAACCACGACUAUUCUUGUUUUCAUUCUUCAUAAUUUUUGUCCGUCUUGUUCGAUAGUUUUUUGAGAAAGAGAGGAAAGAGGAGGAAGAACUAUACAGUAUUUUGCUGCAAUUGAGAUUAUUCAUUGAUGUUGAGGAGUUAACUUUAGCAGUUAGGUUCUUACCAGUUGAGUACUAUCAUUGAAUAAAAGUUGAGCUUUUUGCA